AUGAUCUCGCCGAUCGCUAAUCUGGGACCAGAGAUCCUGCUGGAAAUCUUCGAAUGGCUUUCUCAGGAUGGCAAUGCAACGCUUGUCCCCUCCGUUCUGUGCUGCAGAAAAUGGCGACCUCUGGCUCUGUCUGUCCUAUAUGGCGAUGUCGUUCUGACCCACAAACAACUCCCAAAGUUCGUGGAAACUUGCACGGACCAUGAAGUCCGUUCGCUGACAUUGCGGUUGGAUACUAUUCCCGUUAACCCCUAUGAGCCAUCUGAAGCCAAGCAAGCGGCCGAAUCUAGGCUGGAAGCAUUGAGGCGGCUCAGCCUACGGAUGCCGAGGAUGAGGCUUUCGGCCUUAUCUAUCAUGGUCAAAUUCCCCUUUCCAUUUACGGCCUCGCAGGAAAUAUCCUUCAUUCUAGAUCACUUGCCCGCUUGUUGCGUAAGCCUGGACAUCGAUGUCAGAUACACCAGCUUCAUCCCGAAUUCUACCGUAGAUCCGCAAGCUCAUCUGCACCUGUGUGACUCUAUUCGUGUUAUCCUACCUCAGUUACGACACCUACGCCUACGUCUUCCACUAAUUUGCCCUGCCAUAUUCUCUACUAAGCUACCCGGUCAGGAUACGCCCUAUCAAGUCAUCCGCGCCCCAAUGCUCAAAACCUGCCUUAUCAAUCUCUCCCUACGCCCUACUCAUCCCAAGCUGCCUUCUCCUCUUCCCCCAGUUCUCGCAGUACUCCAGGACUUCGCUCGUCUUAAUUCCACUAAUCUUGAGAGACUCUGGGUCAUCGACGUGGAGUCGCGAGGUCCAAACCCGCAUUCCUGGGCGGCCUGGGUGCGUCGCGAUUUCUUUUCCAACACCAGCUAUCCAAUUCCCGUAGCCAACAUCGGCGACUUUGUCCGCGUUGCUUGGUUAGCGCGGGUACCAUCGCCGGCGAGUCCACACAAGACGCAAGAUUGGCUGUCGACACUGGAUAAUCUGGAGACGCUGGCUGAAGGCAGCACCUGGGUAGAGACUAUCGCUUCUCGUGCCCGCCUGCCGAUCGCCAUGCUACGAGAGCAUCAGGACAGGCGCGAGGCGAUGGCCGGGGCACUGUUCCGGAAGCGCAACAGGAUCGCUUGUAUGCUAUGGAGGAAUGAGGAUGAGACGGGUGAAAAGUUGCUUGCGGAGGGGCCUGGGGAGUUGAUGCGACGAUGGGACAUGAAUGAAAUAACGCCUAGUGGCUGGAUGAGGGACGAGCACACUGCUUCGCCCAUGGUUCGAGCGUGAUGAGGUUCAAACAGUAAAUCAUUCAUGAAGUACAUAACCUAGGUAGGUACUUAACAUAAUCACUACCAGUCAGCCGAUUAAGUUAAAACGUAUAUUUCUGAUACAGAGG